UCUCCCAGGUAACUUUAUGGGCGCCCCCAUGAACCCUGAAACGGCAGAUUUCUACUUCCUCUCUGGGCAGCCAUCUCCACCCGUCAAUUAUACGGGUAGCUUCUUUAUCAAGACUGAGCAAUGCCAGGACCAAGAGUCCCUUUUCAGCUUGAUGUCAGGCAUCCUGGGCCUUUCCCCCUUCUCAGCUUCAGAGGCCCCCCAGAGGCCACCAGAGGCCAUCUACAGCAUCCCUGAAGCUAUACAGAACCACCUGGACCUCUAUUCCACAUGUCCACCUGAACUCAAUAUCUCUGUCCAGCCAUCCUUGGCUGACCAAGGUUAUCCCACCUUCGCCAGUCCAGAAAGCCUCCACCAGCAAGUCCAAACAUCUCCCGAAGGGCAAGCUUCUUCUCAUUGUCUCUUUAAUGAAAAGCUGAUGGAGAGUAAGCAGGAUAUUAAGCUCUCCUCCAUUUCUCCAUCUCUGGAGAAGUUCAAACCUCCUUGUUCCCAUUGGGACCCUCUGGGCCAACCUCAGAAUUAUCUGCCCUCAGAAUAUCCUUCUUCAGAGACCUUUCCUUCUUCAGAGACCAGCCAGACCGUGUUCCCCCAGCUGGCUCCAAAAACAGAGAACGUGCUGUCCGUCAGCUGCCAGUCAGAGCUCAGCUGCCUCUCAGAACAGCCGGGGUCCUUUGGGCAGAACCUGGAUUUCAGCUGCCAGCCGGACACCUUCCCCACACAGAGCCAAAUCCCCAGUGACUUUGCGGAAGCCAAAAUCGCCACUCUCCCCCACCCGCUCCUCCAAGACUUUGAACCGUCUUUAGCCCAGGCCGAGCUCAUGCCCAGCUUGAUAAACCCCGGCGACCAGAGGUUGCACAGCACCUCCUCUCCCUCAUCCCUGGUCUCCAUGGCGGACUUUCUUACUCACGCCCCCGGUUCCUCAGCAUCUGCUUUAGGACCCAGCAGGAAUGCCAGCGUCCUUCUGGAGCCAAAGAAGAGGCCCCGCAGAGGGAAAUGUUCCUCCAAAUGUUUCUGCCCUAAGCCCCACGAGAAGGCCUUUGCUUGCCCGGUGGAGAACUGCAUCCGGAGCUUUGCGAGGUCCGAUGAACUCAACCGGCAUCUUCGCAUCCACACCGGCCACAAGCCUUUCCAGUGCCGCAUCUGCCUGCGGAACUUCAGCCGCAGCGACCACCUGACCACCCAUAUCCGAACCCACACAGGGGAGAAGCCCUUCUCCUGUGAUGACUGUGGCCGCCGUUUUGCCCGGAGCGACGAGAAAAAGAGGCACAGCAAAGUCCACUUAAAGCAGAAAGCCAGGGCAGAGGAGAAGCUGAAAGGACUCGGGUUCUACACCGUCGGACUCUCCUUUGGGACCCUCUAAAAGCCUUUGGGGAAUCCACCAAGUCUUGGCUUUUUGCAGGAGAUCAAAGGUUUUUAGGGCACUUUGCUGGGAUACUCAGUUUGGGAAGCCCUCUUUCAAAUGGUUCCUUCUUACCGGAGAAAGAUGGGUAGCAGAAAUGAGCAUUUUGCCCUGCAUGAGCCUUCCCCAUUCUGGUUGAUUUCUUCUGCUGAAAGGGACCAGAGGAGAAGGCAUUCUCAAAAGUGAGCAAAUGAAAGGAAAGGAAGAGGAACGUCAGAUAAUGGCCUAGAGAGAGAUUGCUCUCAUUCCAUAUCCAAAUAUGGUGGAUCUCAGGUGAUGGAGUAAGUUAGCAGCUAAGCUGUUUCAGCACCACUGCUUCUGGACAGCUCCAGGCGGUCUGAUGCUCUGUUUCAGCACCUUCCAGCCAUGGACAGAUCUCGACUGAGCUCCGUGGGAGGGAAAAACAGUAUUUUCUUCCCCAAAACUGCUUCUGUAAUUAGCUUUAGUUAAUGAGAAAAGUGUCUGUAUAUCUAAAUAAUUGCCUGCAUUUUAUACAGGGAUGAAAGCAACUUGGCAGAUGCUACCAUUUUUAACACACUGAUCCCACUUUCCCUUUCAUAAGCACUUUAAUGGACCUUCCAGGAAAGAGGAUGGCUACUUUUCUUGUGUAUAAAAUUAGCACAAUUUAUUGCAUUGUUAAUGAUACAAGUUGCUGGAACUGACAGACUUUGGUAAAUGAAUGAAUUGUAUAUAAUUAAGAC